AUGUCCUCUGCUCAUGAUGCCACGACCAAGAUCUCCAUUGACAAGUUCGACGGCGACAACUACGCGACAUGGAGCCGCUACAUGCGUGGCGUGUUCCUGACCAAGUCGACGUGGCACGUGGUGAACCGGGAGACGUCGCCGACCUUCGCCGAUCCUCGCGCCAGUGAUGAGUACGUCAAGACGAACAACAUUGCGUUCGGCUUGAUGCUGCUUCACAUAAGCGCGGACUAUCAUCACAUGGUUGAUGAUUGUGAGGAAGCAUGGGUUGCGUGGGCGCGGAUCAAGACACUGUACGGCGGAUCUCAGAAGGCUGGGCGCAUCUACUUGAAGCGCCAGCUCUUCAGUAUGGAGAUGACAGAGCGGCAAUGUGUUGCAUCAUUGCAAUGA